AUGCACGGGCUGAUUGCGUUAUCUGCCCUUUAUUACGCUCAAACCCACGACGCUCAGCACGAUGAGUUCGCUCUCAUCUCAUCACAAUAUCAAGUUAUUGAUUUGCAAGCAUUUACUGUCAAGCUGCAGGAUGUUAAUGAAGGCAGCUUUGAACCGUACAUCUUUCUUGCGACAUUCCUUUUCAUCAUCAGCAUCACGAUGCAUAUUGCGCAUUCAUUCAUGCUGGUUCAGGGCAUCAAGGGCAGGCUGGCAUUCAAGCCGGUAGAGGCUUUCCCCCAAGCUGGACCUCUGGGACCGCUCUUCGGGUAUACAAUGCCAUUGCUCGUUGGACACGCCGGUCCGUUUCAGCGUCGCUUAGAUCAACUUUUCGAGCUCACUCGAGAGCUAGACCUGACUCUGGAGGCAAUGAACGCCCAGUCCUCGUGCCUACUAGCCAUUGAGUCUCUCAAGACCACUUGCACUGCUUGUGCGACAGAUCAAUCGGCGACUCGCGGGCGUCGUAUGUGGCUUUGGCCAGUUUCUUUGCCUUCGUUCUUUGUUGACUUGAUUAGCAACCAUCAUCAUGUUGCCCUAGUUAUACUCGCCCACUAUACUACUUUUACCAGACCAUUUGAACAUAAACAACGGAUGAAUAAAGGAAGGAGCUCCAAAAUGAUGACGGCGGUUGAGACUGCGUUAGACGAGCACUGGAAACCGUGGAUCGCCUGGCCUAAGAAGUUGCUGGUGGAGCAUAUUAAUGUAGAUGACAUGGAUUUGUAG